AUGAAGUCAUUGGAUAUUGGACCACGUGCUAGUGUUUUCGCAACUCUAUCGUUUGCUUGCGAUACUUCAUACUCCGUUCCAUAUUCCGGACAGAUUAGGUUGUCUGGUGAGGUGCGGACUUCAUCCUCUGUUAUGACUCGUGAGGAGACAUGGAGUGAGUUUUGUUCGGUCGCUAGCGUCAGACUAUCUAUUGAAGCACUUCAGCUGUUCAAGGCCUAUUUAAAUGAUAAUCGUCAUGAUGACAAACCUGGUUGUGCUUUGGAGUUUUUGGAAAUUAUAUUUAAGAAAAUGCGUCGCAAAUUUGAAACAUCUCUAUCUCCUUGCUAUUUUGUGCAGGAAAAUAAGCCUGCCGAAAUACAGUCAUCAAAAACAGGUACUGAUCUAAAAAAUACGAAUGAACGUUUGUCUUUCAAAGAAGAUAACCUAUCUAUAAACUCUUCCUCCACAGAAUUGAGUGAAAAUUUUUCCCACAUUGCAUAUGCUAAUGCCAGUGCUGUGGUAGCGGCCGCACGGUCCAAGGCUGUGGCUGCCUCAGGGGUUCGCAACACUUCACCUCGUGGCAAGAGCUGUGAUAUACCUUCAGAUAAAGCCUCAAAGAAUAUCUUUUCAAGAACUCGACAUUCAAGAAGUGCUCCCAACAAAAAUUCUAAUCGGCAGCCUUCAGUUAACCAGCAAGAUUUUCAUCAAAAACACCACUGGCUAGGAGAGCAACAGACAAAAUUCCACACAGAUUCGCCAAUAAACCAAGGUGUUUCGGAAAUCAAACCUAGUUGGCGCCUGAGUUCCCUUUGGCUUCGACGUAGUUUUACAAUCGCUUGGCGUCGUAGAUCACCUCUUAGUGUAGACAGUUCUCGAGGGAAAUAUGGGGGUCCUUAUCCUCGUUCUCCUGGGACUGCUGUAAGUAUGAAUGCUGAACUAGUUCGUGAAGGUAUUGUGAUGCAAUGGCUUGGUCCACACUUUGAUUCACAUCGUCCUCGUAUUGAUUGUGAAAAGAUGAAUAAUCCUGAAGCUGGAGUUGAGAAGAAAACUACACAGUGGGCUCAGUCUCGUCUUUGUUUAUGUAGUACAAGCGCAGGCCUUAUUUUAGAAAUAUUUACUCCUCCUGAUGCUGAACAAUCCCAGUAUGGUCUGUGCUGUGGUCUUAUUUUCGACGUUCGAUUGGUCUGUCCUGAUGAACUUACAGACCCUCGGAACAACGUUUUACUUGUUAAAACCGAAUUCGGGGACCAAAAGAUUUUUCAGUCAUCGGAUGAAAUCGAUGCCAACGAAUGGAUCGCUGCUAUACGUAGUGGUUUGCCACCAUUGCGCAGGAAUCCUGUUUCUCCUAAGUGUGACAUUGACCCUAGUCGUAUUGUAACUUUUGUUCGAUCUGAACGAUGCACUAACUGUGAUGCGAUUCUGGAUUCUAGUUCAAAAUCACCCUCUGAUAUACUGUCCUCAGUCCCUUUACCACCAAACAAAACUGAUGCAAAUGAAUUAUGCAUUGGAUCCGACCAUAAAAAGGUUCAUGACACAUCAGUAUUUCAUUCUACUAAUUCCAAACCACUAUGUACAGAUAACUCAGCAAACUCCACUCCUAUAUCAACAUUUGCAUGUGUUUGUAGCCAUGUUAGUAGUGUACCGGAUGUUUGGUCUGCCUCCUCUAAAUCUGAUCGUCCCAUUACAAAUCAUAGUAUGAAUCUUAGCCAAUCAGAUGGAUGCACUGCCACAGCGAAUAAUACUAUAUCUUCUCAUGGAUUUAUAAAACCUUCUGCUAAUGUUCUUUGUCCUACUCCAUCGCGACCUUCUACCUUCGCCUCAGGAUUUCGGCAUACAUCGCCUUCCUCUCAUCCCGUUUCAUUACACUCGAUUAGCAGACCAGAUAAAAGCAAUAGGUUAUGCAGUUUGACAAACAAUACUUUACUAGAACAAAUUAAUUCACCUAAUCAAUCAAGACAACCUGCCACGUAUUUCCUCACUGACUUCUGGUUUGAAGAUGUAAUUUGUCACCAGCUUUCUAUUUACCCAUGGUAUCAUGGAACGCUUUCACGAGUUCGAGCCGCUAGUUAUGUAUUGGGUCAACUUUCGGAGUUUGAACAUGGUACUACACAACAACAUCUAACUUGUCCUGAAGCUGCUGGAAUAAGUCUUAACUUUGAACAAAAUACUACUGACUUAUCGAACAUGCCACCUGCUUUGCCAACUACAGAUGGUGUAUUUCUUGUGCGUCAAAGUGAAACAAAACAGGGUGAAUUCGUCCUGACAUUUAGUUGUCAUGGUAAACCUAAGCACUUAAGAAUGACUUUGAGUCCAGAUGGUCAUUGUAGAGUUCAACACCUACCUUUUGAUUCAAUCGUAGAAAUGUUGGAACAUUUCCGACAAGAACCUAUCCCAUUAGAACAAACAUUAAUAUCAAAUAUGACUGAUGGUUUAUCUUCUGAUGUUUUGCCUAAUUCCACAACUUCUACUCCUACUCCUAUCACAUUGUCAGCUUAUGUUGUUAAUACUCAUUUGACAGGUAGUCGUGAACGACUAGUUAUUUGUCGCGGUUCAGUUCGUGCUAAUUCAAAUACGGUAGGUCGAGCAGCUGCUGUAGCUGCGGCGACCGCAUCAGGUGGUAAAGCUGGACAAAAUCAAUACAUUGUCAUGUAA